AUGACGCUACAGAGAUCUCCACGGUCCGAUGCCGACCGCCGUCGCGAGCGGGAGAUGCAGCACGAGCUGCUCAAGUUCCACCGAGAGCAGGACGACCCGAUCGCCACCAACCUCACCAAGAAGCGCGUGCGCGAGCCGCGCGUGGAAGUCGAGACCAAUCCGUUCUGCGUGGAGCGCCAACUGGCCGACAGCUACCAGCAGUUAAACUUCAACAAGAAUCCGCGCUUCUACCAGGUCUCGGUGCAGGACGGCGCGCGCGCCGGACAGAACCCGCGGAACCACUCGAGCUUCAUCAACCAGUCGGCCGACCUCGCGGCCAGUUCGCGCGUGGAUCUCCGAGCACGGCCCGAGUUCUCCACGCUGCCACCCGCCACGUCGUACACGCCAGCAGUAGCGCACUUCGCGACGCCAAAGGUUUUCAGUGUGGACUCGAGCGAUCUACGACAAGAGCGCAACUGUAAAUGCAGCGGGGAUGCCAAAGCUAGUGCCCGACGGUUGUUCCCGCCAGGUCACGAUCAGUACGGAGCACAGCUGACGUCCCAAAGCGUGACAUUCGGCCACCGUCCUAGCUCUGCCGCAAGGAUGUUCGAUCAUUUGAGCAACACGGUCAGCGGCACCAGCAGUCCUCGCAACCAACGAAGUACCAAGAGUUCGUCUCGCAGAGCCACUUCGACUCCAGUGAGGACGGGAAUGAGCGUCAUGGAGCUGGCGCAACUGUUGACUCCAGCAAAAUCCGCACAGUCCUCGUCACUAGCUAGCAAAAGCUCGAGCAAAACCCUGCAACGCUGGAAACCGGGUUCGACAAAAAGCUCGCCUGACCCGUGCGAAGCUUUCUCUCUGGAUGAAGAAGUGGACGACGAGCUCAGACGACAAGAUGCGGACAGGAAGAAGAAGGCGCGCGAGAUGAAACUGGAGAAAGGCUUCAUCAACUACGUCUACAACCCGCCGCGAGAGCUCAAGCCCGGCCAGUUCCCACCUCCAGACCAAACGACUGCGCAGCUUAUUGAUAAGUACCGUAAACUCGCUGUCGGCAAAAUGCCCGACUUCUAA